GAGCCGGCGCCCGCCAGAAGACCGCAGUUCCUAGGUCUGGGUGCCAAGUACCUGCCGCACCAUAAGGCGGUGGAGGCGGCCACCGCCCUGAACACCAAGCUGCGGCGGCGGCUGGAGCGGGGCAUGGCGGCGCGCAGGCAGGCGGAGCAGGAGGAGGCGGAGGAAGCGGGGACAGCCGGCAAGGGAGGUAAAGGCGGGCCUCCAGGCAGGGGAGGGCAGUCAGCUCCCUCCAGGAGCGGCAAGGGGUUUCACGGGCCUGCUUCAGGUGCGGCAGCAACAAGCAGCGGUAAAGGACUCAGCGACAGCGACGAUGAGGAGGAGGAGCGGAAGGGCGCUGGACGACAAGCCAGCAGGGCGACACCAGUAGGG